GUUUUGUUGUGUAAAUUUAUCAAUCGUGUUUGUGUUCUGUGGAUGUGAGCGUUAUUUCAUUUUGGUCCCUUUUGUAUAAACAAUAUAUCAGGUUAAAGGUUAUAAUGUGUACUUUCAUGUGGUAAUUAAAAUUUUUGCGUAUAUUUGCGAAUGAUGGAAAUAAUGUAUAUCAGAAUCGAUUAACCUCAAAAAUAAAGAUAUUUUUAAUGUAUGGUUACAAAAUAAGAAAAGUAAAGAUGUAGUUGAGAAUUGGAUUAUCCAUGAAAUAAAUAAAAAUAUAAAUGAAGAAGAAUUGGAAGCGUUUAAAAAGAAAAUUGAAAAUCUUUGUUCAUUCAUAAAUAGAAAAUGGAUCAAAUACCAAAGGUCAUUAACUCCUUUUAAGCAAUAUAAUAAUGAAUGGCUAGAGGGUGAGACAAAUUUCAUAAUUGGUCGCAAAUGUAAAAGAGGAAGACCACAGCUUAGUUAUAGUGAGGCGAGUGAUAGUUUGAAGAGAAAACUUGCGACUAGUUCACGCUGCCUCUAAUGCAGCACGAUCUGCAAAUGAACCUGAUUUAAAAUUUGUGUUGAAAGAGUCGCUUAAAUCUCCGACAAGGCCAUCGAAAAUUAAGAAAAUUAUUGUUUCUACAACGAAAAGUCCCAUUGCGUUAUCUGCAGAAGAAGCUUUAGUGUUUUUAUUAGAGAAUAACUUGAGCAAGCAACAGUACGUAAACAUGCGAUUACUAAACAAAGCUCGUAAUUGCGACAUAUACCCUGCGUACAAUAAGUAUGCAAGCUUCACUGCCGGCCAGAGGGGAUAACGAAUUGUGAAACUUACGUAGAAGUUCCUUUACAAAAACUGGUAGACCACACUGCCAAAAGAAUUUUAUUGUUACAAAAAGAAGUUAUUGAACAACUCUCAGAUAUAAAUGAAGCUACAUUGAUAUUUAGCUACGGUUUCGAUGGUUCAACAGGACAGAGUAUGUUCAAAGAGAGGUUUAACGAAAACACGCCUGAGUUCUUUGUUCAGUCCCUCUAAGUAACCUCAAUUAUACCUCUUAAAUUAAUAUCAUUUUCGAAUCAGAUCAUUUGGCUUAACCGCACCCCUCAAUCCAUACGGUUUUGCAGACCAAUUAAAAUUGAGUACGUUAAAGAAACUAAAGAACAUAUUUUAGCUGAAAAAAAUAAAUUAGAUCUGCAAAUAUCUAGUUUAGCGCCGUUAAAAUGGGAUUUGGAGGAUGGUAUGGAAAUUGUCAUUAGAUAUGAUUUAAAUAUGAGAUUGAUAGAUGGCAAGGUUUUGAACAUAUUAACCGGAACAAAUUCUACUCAAUCUUGUCCUAUUUGUGGUGCAAGUCCGAAACAAUUUAUGUCUAUAAGAGAUCUAAAAUCUCCUGUUUGUGAACCAAAACCAAGCACUUUAAAGUACGGCGUCAGUCCAUUACAUUCUUGAAUACGAUUUCUGGAAUUUGUAUUACAUCUUUCGUAUAGAAUCGGUAUAAAAAAGUGGCAAGUAAGGAAUCCGGAAGACAAAAAUACCAUUACGCAAAGAAAACAGGAAAUUCAGAAACAUUUUUGGGAGAAAAUGGGAUUGCAUAUUGACAAACCUAAGUCAAAUGGAUGUGGCUCAACAAACGACGGGAAUACGGCUAGAAGAUUGGUCGCUAACUUAGAACUAUUUGCAUCAAUUACUAAUGUUGACAUUGAUCUAUUGAGACAUUUUCAUAUAAUACUGAUUUCGUGCGAAUUUCGUAUUAAUUUUAAAAAGUUCAAUGAUUUCUGUAUAGAUACUGCCGAUUUAUAUUUCAAUAAGUACGAUUAGUACCCAAUGUCGGCAACAGUCCACAAGAUUUUAGUUCAUUCGGCACAAAUAAUGGAGGCGUCUUUAGUACCAGUUGGCUGCCUAGGCGAAAAUGCAUCAGAAGCAAGAAAUAAGUUUUACAAAAAAGAUCGUAUUGCUCAUGAGAGGAAAAAUUCACAAAGUAACAAUAUUGUCAAUGUGUUUAAUAGAGCUAUGGAUUCUUUUGACCCUUUGUUAUCAAGUAUCUGCUUAAAUAAUCGUACUAAAAAUAAAUUAAUCCGAAGAAUCCCACAUGAAGCUACUGAACUUUUAGAGUUGCUUGCUGUUCCAGACAAUUUAGACGUGGCUUCUACGUCCCGUUAGAAGUUGAUAUUGAACAGGAUAUGAAAUAAUACAAAUUUGUACCUGUCGGGAAAUCCGGUUGUGUUUGCCCGAAAUGCACUCACUAAUAAACCUCCUAAUUCUUCGAAUGUGUCCUCUGUCAGGUGGCUGAAAAAUUACAGAUGCCGCGGUCGGUGGCAGCUAAAUGGAACAGCCUUCGCUGCUCUAUUCGCGCGGCUUUCAACUGGAAAACUGUUUCAAAAAGGGGACAAGCUGCGAGAAGAGCGCCAACAAUGAGCCCGCUCUAUAACUCCUUAAAGUUCUCAGUUUGCGAGUUAAAGCGAACACCAUAUCAAAUUUAAUAAAUAUAAGUAUAUACAUUUAUGCAUAAUAAUAUGUAAAAAUAUAUUACUAUUUGUUUUCCAUAUGUAUACUUAUUCUGUUUGUUUUUACACAACAGCCCGUCGAACCUGAUCCCUUCACCACUAUUGUUGGAGUCAGAUGAUUUACCUGGGAAAUAUAAGGGACGCCAUCCACAUCACGAGACGAUGAGGCAUAUAUUGAAUUGGUGGAAACAGCGCUGGAGAUCCUAAAAUCAGCUACGCAGAAUGACGCUUAGGAUGAUUUAGCAAAUUUUGUGGCAUCCAAUCCCCGAGAUUAUGCCCAAGAAUUUCCACAACUUGAUAUACAUAUGUGAGUUGAUAUUCAAGUAUCAACAGAAAGUAGCAAGGUGAGAGCAGUUGCACAGUUUUAUCUUUUAAUAGCUAGUCUUUUGUAAAUAUUUUUAAUCCUUUUUCUGCUAAGCAAUUUUUAAACCAAAAAUGUAUGUGAGUGUUUUUAUAUAUGUGAAUUUUACAAUUACACAUAUAAUUUUGUCAAUGUUGAAUUAAAUCAAAAUAAAAAUAAUAAUAUGUAAUUAUUUUUAUAAGAAAUUAAUUAAAUUAAACUGAUAUUACUUAAAAUAUAAAUAAUAAUUAUAAUUAAUAAAAUAUAUCUAA